CCAGCGCGCCUGCCCGACCGGUGGCAACGACGACAACGACGGAGGAGCUCGGGCGGCGAGCAGGCGGAGGAGGGGGUCUCCGGGCCGGGACGGCCGGGCCCCAUGGGCGGGUGUGUGGGCUCUCACCACGACUCCUCGGGCAGCCUCAACGAGAACUCGGACGGCACCGGAGUUGCACUUGGCCGUAAUCAGCCCCUGAAAAAGGAGAAACCAAAAUGGAAAAGUGACUAUCCAAUGACAGAUGGACAGCUACGAAGCAAGAGAGAUGAAUUUUGGGACACAGCACCUGCUUUUGAAGGCCGCAAGGAAAUCUGGGAUGCCUUAAAGGCUGCAGCACAUGCAUUUGAGAACAAUGAUCAUGAACUGGCACAAGCAAUCAUUGAUGGUGCAAAUAUAACUUUACCGCAUGGUGCUCUUACAGAGUGCUAUGAUGAACUGGGAAACAGAUACCAGCUUCCUGUCUACUGCCUUGCCCCACCCAUCAACAUGAUAGAAGAGAAGGGGGAUCUAGAGACUCUGGAUUUUCCGGAUCCACCGCCCAACUCCGGUCAUGAAUGCCAACUUCGUUUACGCCUCUCAACAGGCAAAGACCUCAAACUUGUGGUCCGCAGUAUGGAUACUGUGUAUCACAUGAAGAGACGACUACACACAGUGGAAGGUGUAGAACCUAGAAGUCAGCGAUGGUUUUUUUCAGGCAGGCCACUCGCAGACAAAAUGAAACUGGAGGAACUGAAAAUACCAAGGGAUUAUGUGGUGCAAGUAAUUGUGAGCCAGCCCUUAACAAAUCCUAUCUCGGUGGAGAACUGAUUUUUGCCUAUAUGCCUAUUCUUUCCUUUCCCUGCUCUUCUAUCAUGUGGGAACUUUUUCACUUUCCAUUCUCUCCUGCAAAUGGUUUGGUUCCAGGCAAUGACCAGCAAACCCUCCAUCUGUGA